ACACUGCUACCUCUCCACCACCGUUAGCAGGCUGGCGUUGGUUCCCGCAAUCUUCUGCAACGUUCGUGGUAGAUUUACCCCUGUGCAAGCUUGACACACUGGUGACUGCUGGAAACUUAGGAUAUUUCAGAAACGGAUACCGUGCGAUCCGGUCUAACAGGGUCGUGUGGGUCUGAGUAAGACUUCACCAUGACUGAGAUAGAGUCCCUCGCCAACUCCGUGCGCUGGGAGGGUCAGGUUGAUGAGGACUUUGAUGCUGGCAACAACUCCUCCAAGCUCUUUGAGCGCUCCAGGAUCAAAGCCCUAGCCGAUGAAAGAGAAAUUGUACAAAAAAAGACAUUCCAAAAAUGGGUCAACUCUCACCUCAUUCGUGUCAACUGCAAGAUAAGUGAUCUCUAUGUUGACCUUCGUGAUGGCAAGAUGCUGAUCAAGCUGCUGGAAGUCUUGUCAGGGGAAAGACUGCCAAGGCCAACCAAAGGAAAGAUGCGCAUCCAUUGCUUGGAGAAUGUGGACAAAGCUUUGACUUUUCUUCAUGAGCAGCGGGUACACCUAGAAAACAUGGGUGCUCAUGACAUUGUUGAUGGCAAUGCCCGUCUUACCUUAGGUCUUAUCUGGACCAUAAUCCUUAGGUUCCAGAUCCAAGACAUCAUGAUUGAAGAGGUAGACAACAGUGAGACCAAAUCUGCCAAAGAUGCUCUGUUGCUAUGGUGCCAAAUGAAAACAGCGGGAUAUGCCAAUGUCAACGUCAGAAACUUCACCACCAGCUGGCGUGACGGUCUUGCAUUCAAUGCCAUCAUUCACAAACACAGACCGGAUCUGAUCCAGUAUGACAAACUGCAUAAAUCCAACGCCAUUCAUAACCUAAAGAGUGCUUUCACUGUAGCAGAGGAAAAGUUGGGUCUCACCAGCCUUCUUGAAGCUGAAGAUGUGAAUGUUGAGUACCCAGACGAGAAGUCCAUCAUCACCUAUGUUGUCACAUACUAUCACUACUUCUCCAAGAUGAAGGCAGAUUCUGUGCAGGGAAAACGUAUUGGAAAGGUCAUUGACAAUGCCAUUGGCAUGGAGAACAUGAUUGAGCAGUAUGAGUCUCUGACAUCAGAUCUGUUGGAAUGGAUUGAGCAGACAAUUGUCAUCCUAAGAGAUCGUCAGUUUGCAAACUCAUUGACUGGUGUCCAACAGCAGCUUGCAGCAUUUAACACUUACAGAAUUGUCGAGAAACCACCAAAGUUUGAUGAGAAGGGGAACUUGGAGGUCCUGCUGUUUACAAUCCAAAGCAAAAUGAGGGCUAACAACCAACGCAUCUAUCUUCCACGAGAAGGCCGCCUUAUCUCAGAUAUUAACAAGGCCUGGGAACGACUGGAAAAAGCUGAACACGAACGAGAACUGGCACUUCGAGAAGAACUGAUCAGACAAGAGAAACUUGAACAGCUAGCAGCAAGGUUUGAUCGCAAGGCAGGAAUGCGCGCAUGGCUGAGCGAAAACCAGCGGCUUGUGUCUCAAGACAACUUUGGAACUGACCUUGCUGCUGUGGAAGCUGCCACUAAGAAACACGAAGCCAUUGAAACAGAUAUAAAUGCUUAUGAGGAACGGGUAUCUGCAGUUGUAGCAGUGGCCUCAGAGCUUGAUCAGGAAAACUACCAUGAUAUCGACAGAAUCAGUGCAAGGAAAGACAAUGUCAUGCGGUUGUGGAACUACCUAUUAGAACUUCUGCGGGCUCGUCGCAUGCGCCUGGAACAUACACAUAAUCUACAUAAGAUAUUCCAGGAGAUGCUUUACAUCUUGGACUGGAUGGAAGAAAUAAAGGCUCGACUAAUGUCAGAGGACUAUGGCAAACACCUUAUGGGUGUGGAAGAUCUUCUACAGAAGCAUUCUCUUCUUGAGGCUGAUGUUCAUGUUGUGGGAGAGCGGGUCAAGACUGUCAACACCCAAGCUCAAGUUUUCAUUGACGAUGACUUUGCUGAUGUUGGAGGUUACAGACCAUGUGAUCCAGAUAUCAUCCAGGACCGAAUGUCAACGCUGAAACAAUCGUAUGAAGAAUUAUGUGAACUAGCAGAAUCACGCCGCAAGCGACUAGAGGAAUCGCGCACACUCUGGCAGUUUUACUGGGACAUGGCAGAUGAGGAAGGCUGGAUUCGUGAAAAGGAGCAACUUAUGUCUUCACCAGAUCUUGGCCAUGACCUCACCAGUGUUAACCUUCUGCUCAGCAAGCACAAGGCCAUGGAGGAUGAAAUGCAGGCUCGCCAUUCUCACCUGCAAUCAGUUAUUCAGGCCAGCACAGAUUUGAUUGAGGCUGGCAAUUUCGGAGCAGAGAAAAUUCAAGAACGUAUUGAUGAGAUCAACCAGCAGUGGGAAAGUCUUAUUGAUCUGGCAACCUACCGUAAGAGGCGCCUUAAUGAGGCUGUUGACUUUUAUCAGUUCUUUGCAGAUGCUGAUGAUGUGGAUGCCUGGCUUGUGGAUACAUUGCGAAUUGUGUCCAGCAAAGAUGUUGGCAAGGAUGAAGCUGGAGUGCAAUCUCUUCUUAAGAAACACAAGGAAGUGACAGAGGAGUUAAAGAGCUAUCAGAAUGUGAUUGAGGGACUUCAUGAACAAGCUGCUGGUCUAGGUGAUCAGGACCGGGAGUCUGCAGAUGUCCAAGGCAGACUAUCCAGCAUUGACAAACGGUAUCAGGACUUGCUGGACCUUGCAAAGCUCCGCAAACAGCGGCUUAUUGAUGCCCUAUCCCUCUACAAGCUUUUCAAUGAAUCUGAUGGUGUAGAGACCUGGAUAGAUGAGAAGGAAAAGUUCCUCACCACCAUUGUAGUGACAGAUGAUGUGGAGGAGCUGGCCAUCAUGAAGCACCGCUUUGACAGCUUUGACCACGAGAUGAAUGCCACAGCUUCCAAGGUUGCUGUAGUGAACCAGCUUGCUCGACAGCUGCUGCAGGUUGAACAUCCUAAUGCUGCUGAGGUGGUUCAGCGUCAGAACCAGUUGAACUCAACAUGGAAUAACCUGAGAGAAAUGGUUGACCAAAAGCGAGAUGAGAUCACUGUUGCUCAUGGUUUCCAGAACUUCAAUAUAGAGUGCAAUGAAACAAUUGGAUGGAUCCAUGAGAAAGCUAAGCUCAUAGAAUCAACAGAUGAACUUGGUAAUGAUCUUGCUGGUGUCAUGACUCUGCAGCGACGUCUCAGCACUAUGGAGCGUGACUUGGCAGCAAUCCAGGCUAAGCUGGAGUCCCUGCAGAAUGAGGCUGAACGACUGGAAGAACAGAAACCAGAGGAAGCACAAGCUAUUCGUGAGAAGAUCGCAGAGAUUAACAACGUCUGGAUGGAUCUCAAGGACAUGCUCAAAGAGCGUGAUGAGAAACUGGGUGAGGCCGGGGAGCUUCAGCGUUUCCUGGGAAGCCUUGAUCAUUUCCAACAAUGGCUGUCACGCACACAGACCACUGUUGCCUCCGAGGACAUUCCUAACAGCUUGGCUGAUGCUGAACGACUGCUGAACCAGCACCAGCAGCUCAGAGAUGAGAUCGACACCUAUGCUCCAGAGUAUGCGAAGAUUAAAGAAUUUGGCGAUAAAGUCACAGAGGGCCAGGAUGACCCACAGUACAUGUUUCUUAGACAGCGUCUGCAGGCACUGGAUGAUGGCUGGCAUGAGCUGCUGCAAAUGUGGGAGAACCGCCAGCAGCUACUGUCACAGAGUCUCAGCUUGCAGAUGUUCUUGCGAGAUGCCAAGCAAGGGGAGGUUUUGCUCAACCAGCAGGAGAACUUCUUGUCAAAAGAGGAUGUGCCUAGUACCGUUGGAGUGCUUGAUAAGCAGAACUCUGUGCAAGCAGCUGAAAAUGCAAUUAAACGGCAUGAGGCAUUCAUCACCACCAUGGAUGCCAAUGAUGAGAAGAUCAAUGCUGUUCUUCAGUUUGCUAACAGACUGAUGGAUGAGAACCAUUAUGCUGCUGACAAGAUUCACAAGAAGGCUGAAAACAUCAAUGAGAGGCGUAAUGUCAACCGUCAACGGGCUGAUGAGCAGCUGGAGAGACUGAAGGAUCAGCUAACAUUACAACAGUUCCUGCAAGAAUGUGAUGAGUUGCGAGACUGGCUUGCAGACAAGAUGGCUGCUGCACAAGAUGAAACAUACCGUGAUGCAAAGAAUUUGCAUAGCAAAUACAUGCGGCACCAGGCAUUUGAAUCUGAAAUUGCAGCCAACAAAGAUCGGCUUGACAGAGUCCAGCAGGAAGGUGAAGACAUCAUGCGUGCCAAGCCAGAGACACGAGAGCAGAUUGAGUUAAUGCUGUCAGACAUUGACACACAGUGGCAGGAGUUAGAGACUACCACCAAGGCCAAAGGCGAGAAACUCUUCGAUGCCAACAGGUCAAUUCUCUACCAGCAGAGCUGUGAUGAUGUGGAUGGCUGGGUUACAGCCCUUGAGUCACAGAUCAUUACAUCAGAAGACUUUGGCAAGGACUUGACUACAGUCAACCUUCAAGUUCAGAAACAGAAUCAACUUGAAUCGCAAAUGAAGAUGAAAGAAAUGCAGGUCAAUGAGCUGGAGACCCAGGCUAGCCACCUUUGUCGCAUAGAGCCUGACCAUGUUGAUGAAAUUGAGGCCCGCAGAGCUCUUGUGGCAGAGAGGUUUUCCAAGAUUCAGGCACCACUGAUGCUGCGGCGGGCAGCACUAGACAAAGUGAAGCGCAUCCAUCAGUUCAUGAGGGAUGUGGAGGACGAAAAACUGUGGAUUAAGGAGAUGAUGCCACGGGCUACUGCUACAAACUAUGGCAACAGCCUUCUGAGUGUUCAGCUCCUUAUUAAGAAAAAUCAUUCACUGCAAGUAGAGAUUGAGAACCAUGAACCACGCAUCAUGUCAGUUGUUCAAGUCGGUCAGGACUUGAUUGACGAGGGACACCCACAGUCAGAAGAGUUUCGUGCUCUCAUUGAGGAUCUACUACAACGGUGGCAGGAGCUUAAAGAUGCUGUGGAGGCUCGCAACCAACGACUCAAACUUUCGGAAGUCGCACAGCAAUACUAUUUCGAUGCCUCUGAGGCUGAGGCGUGGAUGAGCGAGCAAGAACUGUACAUGAUGGCAGAGGACCGAGCAAAGGAUGAGCUGGGAGCUCAAAACAUGAUGAAGAAACACCAGACCUUAGAAAACAAUGUGGAAGAUUAUGCUGAGGUUGUGCGGCAACUUGGCGAGCGUAGCCGCAGACUUAUAGAAGAAGAACAUCCAGAGAGUGAUCAAAUUGCAGUCCGGCAGUCACAGGUGGACAAGCUGUAUGCAGGGCUAAAGGAUUUGGCAGGAGAGCGGCGGGGCAAACUGGAGGAAGUCUUCAAGCUCUAUACUUUGCACCGUGAGAUUGACGACCUUCUCCAGUGGAUUGCAGAAAAGUCUGUGGUUGCUGGCUCAAAUGAGCCUGGUCAAGACUACGAACAUGUCACGAUGUUGAAAGAACAGUUUAAGGACUUUGCUCGGGAAACAGAAAGCAUUGGUCAAGAGCGUGUGGCUUCGGCAAAUGAGAUCUGUGACCAGCUAAUCGCUUUGGACCAUUCAGACUCUGCCACCAUAGCAGAAUGGAAGGACAAUGUGAAUGAGGCCUGGGCAGACUUGCUGGAGCUGAUUGAUACACGCACACAGCUCCUGCAGGCCUCAUGGGAACUCCAUAAGUUCUUUUAUGAAUGCAAGGAUACUCUUGAGCGUAUAUAUGAGAAAGAAAACUACAUCCCAGAAGACCUUGGACGGGAUGCGCAGAGUGUGGCAGCUCUGCAGCGCAAACAUGCCAAUUUCGAACAUGACCUCAUCACUUUGGGAACUCAGGUAGAAGCCAUUCAGACCGAGUCUGUUCGGUUGCAAGCUGGGUAUGCAGGGAGUAAGGCCAUGGAGAUCCAAGCACGGGAAGCAGAAGUGGUGGAAGCCUGGCGUAACUUGCACAUCCAGGUGGAGACACGGCGUGUUAACUUGGCCGAUGCCAGCGACUAUUAUCGCUUCAUGCUGAUGGCCCAUGACCUUCACCUGUGGAUGGAAGACAUCAUCCGCCAAAUGAACACCCAAGAAAAGCCAAGAGAUGUGUCUGGUGUGGAACUGCUAAUGAACAACCAUCAGAGCUUAAAGGCAGAAAUUGAUGCUAGAGAGGAAAAUUUCGCUAUUUGCAUCAAUUUGGGCCGUGACCUUCUCAACAGAAAACACUACCGUCAGGAGGAGGUGCGGGACAAGUUGAUUCAGCUUACACUAGAGCGCCUUGACAUGACAGAUCUCUGGAAAGAGCGCUGGGAACAUCUUCAGCUCAUUUUGGAAGUCUACCAAUUUGCAAGAGAUGCAGCAGUGGCAGAGGCAUGGUUAGUGGCUCAAGAACCUUACCUGCUUAACCAGGACCUAGGAGAUACACUUGAUGCAGUAGAAAAUCUCAUCAAAAAGCAUGAGGCCUUUGAAAAAGCUGCUGCAACACAAGAGGAAAGAUUUGCUGCCUUAGAAAAACCAACAACAUUUGAAAUCAAAGACCGACAGAGAAAGCAAGAAGAGGAGUAUCGUAGACAACAUCCAGAAGAAGUUGCACGAGCAAAGGAAGAAAGGAGACGACAACAUAUUCUGGAAUUUCUGCCUCCAAAACCACCCACGCCAGUUCCUGAGCCAGUGAUAGAGCAGCCUGUAGCAGCCCCAGUGGUAGAGAGCAGGCCUGCAGCAGUGGAAGAGGUUGAAAGGCCCAGUGCUCUGAUCAACGGGGAACAGGAAGUUGACCAGGAAGCAGGAGAGCCAGAGGUAGAGGCUCCAAUAAAAGUGACAAAGGCCGCUACUCUUGAGAGCCGCUCACCUCCACCCAGGGAAGAGGAGCGUGUAUCACGUUCCCUACCCAGGGACACCCCUCGAGGCCAACAGCGAUCCCCUGAACAACUUUCUCCUCCUGCAGUGUCCCCACGAGGCUCAAAAAAAGAGAAGAAGCGUUCACGCUCCAAAUCACCAUUUGGAAAAUUAUUCUCACGCAAAAAGGACGAGGUUGAGGGUACACCCGAGCCCGGACAAGCAGGUGAAGAUGUGGGUCCAGUGAUAAAGAAAGAACCAGCUGCAGGUGCUUCACCAGAAGUUCCUCAUGAAGAAGGCAUUCUUGUGCGCAAGCAUGAACGAGAUGGUGAUAAGAAAGCUGGCAAUAGGUCUUGGGAUAAGGUGUUCGUGGUGCUUCAUGGAAGUUCCUUGUCCUGCUAUAAAGAUCAGAAACAUGCCAAGUCUGACCCUAACACACGCAUUCAUCAUGAACCUCCAAUGGAACUGGUCGGAGCCACCUGUGACGUUGCCACUGAUUACACCAAGCGCCCCCAUGUCUUCCGUGUUCGCCUAGUUACAGGCAGCGAGUACCUUUUCCAAGCAAAGGAUUCGGUUGAGCGAGAUCUGUGGAUUGGUAAAAUGAACUCCGUGACUGGUCCAGAGGGGACAAGCAUACCAUCAAGGUCUCAGACACUGCCAGCAAGAACAACAGAAGACCCGGGAAAGGAAGAACACAAGAAACGUGGCUUCUUCACCUUGAAGAAGAAAUAGUCCACUUUCAUUUACACCUGUCUGCUUUUUUUUUUUAUUUUGGGGCGUGUGUCAGAGUUGGUUCCAAAUUCUUUCAAAUUCACAUUUUGACAGUCAUAACAUGCGCUUCAAAUGGAAUCUCUGAAAAUCAGAUGGCUAAGAUGUGUUUGUAUACAAGGAACAAAUUUCAUUCCUUCUCUGCAGUGAUGUCUUCGGCAUUUUGUCCAUUUUGCUUCCGCUUUUUCUUCUCAUCCUGAUUCAAUUUUGCCUUCUCAGAAAAACUGAUGAAUGAAGACAAGUAAAUUGACUCUCAAUUCAUUCAUGUCCAUUGUCAGUGCAUUGUGUGUAUGUGUAUAGGCUUGCCCAGUCCUCAAAAGGACCUGUCCUGUAAAUCUGUAUGGAUGCAUGAGUUGGUUUGGUUCUCUCUUCUUGCCCUUGUCCCCUUCCCCCCAACUUUGUGUUGUCUCCCUUUCCAACCUCGGAUAAUUGUAAUCACAAAACUUGUGGUCACACCAUUCGACCAAGUCUGUUUAGCAUGAUAAAGUUGCUCAAGUUAAGAUCCAGAACUAUCCUGGAUGGACAUUCCAGCCAGGGAGACAGAAGCAACUGGAACAUUUCACGUGUUGCAUGGAGAGGUUGUGAGCUAGCAGCCUUGAGGGCCAGGGGUGGUAUCCAGAGCUGUGUUUAUUGUUGUCAAACAACUUAUGUGGUGGGGCUGUUUUCGAUCAAACUGACGACCUGUGAUAUUUCAGCACACCAGCCAAAGAUCACAUCAACACCACUCAGCCCUGUAGACAUGCAAACGUAAGCUUCACACAUGUUCAUGUUCUUUUCGAAGAAAAAGAGGGAACAGAUGUUAAGACUUGAUGAGGGCUGUAACUAAACAUCAGUUCUCUUGAAUAAUGUGUCAGAGGAGAAAACAUGCCGUGCAUCAGCCAUCAUCAUAGCCAUGGUGGAAUGUGGUGGGUUUGUCAGCAACGGCACACAGGCUACCAGUAGCAGCAACAUCCUAGCCAGAGACUGCCUCCACUCGAGUUUCUUUCUGUGCAUCAUACUCUAGUAUUGUGCACGUGGUUCCUGGCAGUAGUUCCACAUUCCCUCUAUGCAAGGCAGUGGAACAGCAUCUCCCCACCCCACCUGUUGUAGCCUCACCAUUUAUUUCAGCACCUUUGUGUUUGUAGCAAAUAAAAUAAUUGUUUCUCAAAUCCUUUUCCCCACACUUUUCUGUCCCAUAUUUGCCAUGUACAUAUUACCAGUUUUUGGUCUAUUUUUUUUUUUUUUAAAUAACGUUAAUUGCCAAAUCAUUUUGUUCUGAUAUUCUUAGUCGGCAGCAGUGUUGUGAACAGUUUUGUUGAUUAUAGCAGUCAUUGGGUCUGCAUAGCAUUUUUGUGAUUCUGGUUAUUCUGAAACUGAUACAUAGACAUUUAUUCUGUUAUGACAAUACCAUGGCACAGCCAUUUAAGGCUUAUAACUUGUAUGUAGCUUGUUCAUGAGGCAAGAGGUAAUUACAUGCAGUGGGACUUUCUCGCUGCUUCUUUCCGUUGUGCUCAUGACUGCCAAGAUAUUUUUACAGAUGCAAGCGUAGCUCCUUGACACUCCCCAACCCCUAUAGGCCCAUUGUAGAUACGAACCCGUUGUACAUGAUUUAAUCAUGCUGUCACUUUUAUGCUGUUGUGAUGGUUUGAUGUAUGUUGUGUCCUGGAAAGCAAAGUCAUUUUCUAGUUCUUGUUAAAAGGAGAUUUGUUUGCAUUUUUGUUUUUUUAUGGAAGGGGAGGGUGGUCUGUACUUUGCUAUUUGAACAUACUUCUGCAGGGCAGGAUUUUUAUUUUCUGCAAGAGAAUAUGGUGUGCAAAAUGGAACAUUUGUGUAAUUUCAGUCAAAACUCACUGUGUUUUAUAGCAGAUUAUAGGAUUAUGUUUUAUUAGAAAGGGAUGUAAGUCAGUGCAGAUUUGUUGUUUUUGUUAAUAGUCCAGAUGGAGCAUAAGAUUUGUGCAACACUGCAGGAAAAAAAGAAAAGUGACUGACUUCUAAAGGAAUAGCAACUUUGGACAACAAGUGUGCCUGGUUUGUACUUCUCAUUGAGCUCAUAAAGUUUCUCAUGUUUAACAUUUUGUCCUCUGUAACAUAUACAUUUUCUUCUAUUGAACAGUGUUCUCAUUGUAGUGUUUUGUUAUUCCCUUCCUGUUUUUUUUUUUUAACAGGAAAUUUUUUUAAAUAAAACUAGCAUAGCUAGCUAAUGUAGAUGCUCUUAUAGAACCAUCAUCACUGCUUGUCCUGUGUAGCCGCUGCCGGACCCUGUGUUGUACGGACUGCAGUCAUAUCCAUUCGUACCAAUUGCACUUGCCAUUAUUGUCACUGCAGAAGCAUAAUUUGUAGGUCUUAAGUUAUAGAACUUCGUUGAGCAGGUGUGGGAAGGUCAUUCAUCGAUGCGUCUCCUACAUCUCCUCUUUCCAGCUUCAUUCAUCACCCAGUAUUAUUAUAUUGGGAGCUUCACAUGGUUUUGUAUUUGCUUAAAAGAUAAAAAAUAAAGAACAAGAACUAAA